UUGUAGAUCAUUGACAGCAGAAGCACUUGUUCCCACGUAUGUGGACUGCGCCCCGGUGUAUUUGGAUGCAAAGUCAGCCCACAGACUGACAGCUCGGUGCUCGAAAUGUCACGUCUCUUUGGAGGAAAAGCCUGUCUGGAUACGGCGGAGCUCCGGACAGCUGGAUGAGCAGCACGGACAGAGACUCCCGGGAGCGUUUUAGGCUGUCGCCAAAUUGGGUUACUGACCUGGAUGGUCCCUCUUUACUCGGAUGCAACCACACGCCCAUGCGACGAUGUCGGUGGAUGUUGCUGCCCUCAGUGUCCAGGUUAGGUUACAGUAAACGCUAAUUGUUUACGUAUUAUAAUAAAGCUUUGGAGGGCGGAAGAAGAAAGCAAGGACUGGGUACGCACAAUAUUUUGUGUGCAUAACAAAUAGCUAUAUUAUUAUUAUUAUUAUGGGGGUCGAUCUAUUUCUAAGGGAAACAUGGAGCCUUCAUCGCCUUAUUUCAUCUGCUCCGCUCGGAUCACAGAUACUGUAAUGCUGCAAUGCCUCCAUGCAAGCCUUCGCUGACAAUAUUUUCCACCUUGUUGCCGCCGUGUGAUGCUUUCUGUCGCUCCUAAAGGAUCCGUGGACAUUUAAAAACCCUAGCUACUCGCUUGAUGAUCUGAAACUACCAUGCGUGCUCUCGAGGCUGCAGGAUAAUAAUGAUAGAUGCUGGCAUCCCUUUACUGUCUUCAGUGCAGGAGAGUUUCUUUUCUCACCGAGGACCCGUCACCAUCACAAAUGUAGCCCAGCAGAGGCGACUGAACCAGGCCGCUGCACAGAGACAGAGACGGAGGCGGGUUUGUUGUACUCAGACUUGGCUGGAUGCUGAACAUGGUGCCACUUCACAGCUCUGUCUGUACUGAAUACCUGCCGCCGUGCCGUCGGCUUGUAGCUGUAAUUCCCCAGCUGUCUUAAAAUGGACGGGGCCCUUUUGAUAAAAGCUAUUCGUGGACGUUGAACCCUGCUCAUGAGUUGGGAGCAUGCAUGUAGGAUUUAGCCUGGACCGGCUUGUGGGGAUGUAGGGCGAAUAUCCGCGGAUAUUUCCAAACGCAGUAUAGAAGAGAAAUCAGCCCGUGUUCCUGGGGAUGGCAGGCGGGGGAGGUGCAUGUACACUGGGCUGGAUGAGAAAUAAUGAGGACCCCUGCUCAGAGGAUUUCAUUGACAGACUGCGGGUUUUAUUGGCAGCCUGAAUACUCCAUAUUCAAUAAUAAAAUUAACCAGUUGUGGUUUUGUUAUCACCUCUGAGUGCAGCCCUCAAAGUCAAGACAUUAGUGCUCAAUGGGCUGAUAUUAUCUUCAGAAGAGGUUAUGUGUUUAUUACAGCGAAGGAUUCAAUAUUAUAAAUCAUGAGCCCAUUGUUUUUAAGUUUACUCUGCUUAAGUGUAAAAGCAAUGUAGGUCAUUGUUAUGGUAACUGUUUUGUUCAUUGUAGGCAGCAAUUUACAGGCCAGAAUUCACUCAGCGAUCAGAAACUCAUCAGACUGAAGGCAUAUAUCUAAAUUUCUCUUAUCAGACCUGCUGUCUCGUAGAUAAACACAUAUUCACGUCUCCUGUGAGAGUCGGUGGCAGCUUUCCAAAAGACACAAUUGUAGAAACAAUCAAUUAGGUUUCGGGGGGGUUACACUCAUGGAUCUGCUCUGCUGAGUGUCAUUGUUUGACCUAAUGUACAUUGUCCCUGAGUGAACUUGCCUUUGGGAAUACAUGUUACUUACACACUGCAUAGCAACAGCACAGCAGCAACCGGUGACAGGAUUUGGCAAAGUUUCAACAGCGAGAUGUGGUGAUGGGGGAGAGCAGUUGCGGCUCUCUGAUCCUCUGAUCCCCUCUCCCCCCCACCGGUGGUCGAGGACCCCUCGUCUCUGUCAAUGGGCCCUGUAUGGAUUUUGUGCCUGAGUUGACAGAGGGCAGGCCUAUAACGUCAAACAGCAGUCGGGCUGCCAUGAACCCAUACGGCAGAGCGAGCAGCACAGCAGCCCCCCUGUCCUGCACCAGCUGUGGGGGCUGCUGCUCCCCGCCUCCCCCUUGCCUAAUCCCACUCGGGCCUCCCACCUCUACUACCUCCUCCUCAAUGCCCCCGAACAUGACCCCUCCGCCGCUGAUGUGUCCGGCCCCAAUAGUGCAGGUGGAGAAUGGCAGCAGCUGGAACUCCUCCACCAUGUCCUCCUCCGGCUCCCCAGACUCCCACCCUGGUCACCACUGUGGUGCCAACAACCCCUACUGGACGGCAGUGUUUGACUAUGAGGCCACAGCAGAUGAGGAGUUAACCCUGCGGCGAGGGGACCUUCUUGAGGUCCUCUCUAAAGACUCCAAAGUGUCUGGGGAUGAGGGUUGGUGGACGGGCAAGAUCCAGGACAAGGUGGGUAUCUUUCCAUGCAACUACGUCACGAGGGGCGACACCGCCAACUACCAGCAGCUGACCGCAGGAGGGCUGGUGGCAGGUGGUGUGGGUGAGUGCCCCUUGGAGAUAGACUUCUCAGAACUGCUCCUGGAGGAGGUGAUUGGAGCUGGUGGGUUUGGGAAAGUGUACAAAGGAGUAUGGCGGAAUGAAGAAGUAGCUGUAAAGGCUGCCAGGCAAGACCCAGAUGAGGAUAUUAGUGCCACAGCAGAGAGCGUACGGCAGGAGGCCAGGCUGUUCUGGAUGCUCCGGCACCCCAACAUAAUUGCGCUCCGUGGGGUCUGCCUGCGCGAGCCCAACCUGUGCUUAGUGAUGGAGUACGCCAGAGGAGGGGCUCUGAACCGAGCACUGGCUGGGAAGAAGGUUCCCCCGAGGGUUCUGGUGAACUGGGCGGUCCAGAUUGCCACAGGGAUGGACUACCUGCACAACCAGGCAUUCGUACCUAUCAUCCACAGAGACCUCAAGUCCAGCAACAUCCUGAUCCUGGAGCCGCUGGAGCGGGAUGGCUUGGGCGGCAAAACCCUGAAGAUCACAGACUUCGGUCUGGCCAGAGAAUGGCACCAGACCACAAAGAUGAGUGCAGCAGGGACUUACGCCUGGAUGGCCCCAGAGGUCAUCAAGCUCUCCCUCUUCUCCAAGAGCAGCGAUGUGUGGAGUUUUGGUGUGUUACUGUGGGAGCUGCUGACUGGCGAGGUUCCCUACCGGGAGAUAGACGCGCUUGCAGUCGCUUACGGUGUCGCCAUGAACAAGCUAACACUCCCCAUCCCUUCAACGUGCCCUGAACCUUUUGCUCAGCUGUUGGGAGAGUGCUGGAGCCCAAACCCCCGCAGCAGGCCCUCCUUCACCAGCAUCCUGAGGCGACUGCUGGCCAUCGAGCAGUCGGCCAUGUUUCAGAUGCCUCUGGAGUCCUUCCACUCCUUACAGGAGGACUGGAGGCUGGAGAUCCAGCAGAUGUUUGACGAGCUCAGGGCCAAAGAGAAGGAGCUGAGGUCCUGGGAGGAGGCGUUGGCCCGAGCAGCCGAGGAGCAGAGGGAGCAGGAGGAGCAGCUCAGGAGGAGAGAACAGGAGCUGGCAGAGAGGGAGAUCGACAUUGUGGAGCGAGAGCUGAACAUCAUCAUCCACCAAAUGUACCAGGAGAAACCCAGCGUGAAGAAGAGAAAAGGACACUUCAAGAAGAGCAGAUUACUGAAGUUGGGCCGAGACAGCAACUGCAUCAGUCUGCCCUCUGGCUUUGAACACAAGAUCACAGUCCAGGCAUCUCCCAGUGUGGACAAGAGGAAGACUCAGGGGAGCGAGAGCACCACCCCGCCCGCCAGCCCAGGGGUCAUACCCCGCCUGAGAGCCAUAAGAUUAACACCGAGCGAUGGCAGUAAGACGUGGGGCCGCAGCGCUGUGUGUAAGAAGGAGGACCUGUCCACCAGCAAGAAGAAAGGACGCACCUGGGGACCGAGCUCCACCCUCCAGAAAGAGAGGGUCGGCGGGGAGGAGAAACUGAAGUCACUUGGUGAGGGAUGCAAAGUUUGGUCAUCCAGCGCACCAAAUCUGGGCAAGUCGCCCAAACAUGCACCCAUGACCGCUGGCUUCUCCAGCCUCAAUGAAAUGGAGGAGUGCUGUGAGUUUGAGGAAUCACCAGGGUCCCUGCAGCCCUCAGAGACCAGCAGCAACGGGGCUGUGGAUGACUCAGGGUCCCUGUGGGGAAGCCUGGGGCCAAACACGUUGCCUACUGUUGUUAACACGAGCUCCUGUCAGGGCCCCGUCGGGCUGGGGACGGGGGUGAGCAACCAGGACUCACUCCGUCGCUGCAGCCAGAGGAAGAAAAGCGAUAUGUUGCUGUUGGGUUGUGCCUCUCUGCUCGCGUCUGUCGCCCUCGGACAAGAUCUGAUGCAGCUGGGAAAACUACAGGUGCUCCAGGAUGAGCAGGACCUCAGAGAGGAGCAGCGUAAGAAGAAGGAGGGUCUCUUCCAGCGGACGGGACGUUUCCGUCGCAGCACCUCUCCACCCAGCAGAAACCUCUCCCUGUCCCUCUCCAGACAUCACGACUCUGCGCUCCCCUGCCUGGACCCUUCUCCCUCCGUCACACUCCUCUCUCUGUCUUCUCUGUCUGACUGCAACUCCACCAAGUCCCUUCUUCCCUCCGACCCAGACGAUUACCCCCUGACACCAAUGACGGGGAUCAAAACACCGGUGGCACCGCCAGCUCCUGCCCUCAACCCACUCUUGGACUUGCGGGCAGAGAGCUUCAAGAAGGAGCCCAACCAGUCGCUCACGCCCACCCAUGUGUCUGCAGCCAUGGCCAUGAACAGAGGGCACAGACGGACCCCUUCAGAUGGGGCGAUACGACCCCGAGCUCAAACUCUGGGACACCGCAGGACACCGUCAGAUGGAAGCAUGCCCAUGCCUCCUCCACCGGGGGCACCACACAUCCAUACCAACAAAGGCACGCAGGACACUCUGGACAUCCCCCGCCUCCCUGACCCAUCCAUCAUCUACCCGGUCCCCCAUCGGCGUAAAGCUCCCGCUCCACCAAUCCCCGACCAGUUUCCUCUCUGCCUCAUCAGCCCCCUUGAGAGACCCAAGACGCUGGAGUUCGCCCCCCGGCCACGGCCCACGCCGGCCAGGAUGAGAGCGGACCCCUGGAAGCUGGGCUCUCUCUCCCGGACCCUCAGCUCGUCUCCGGGCAGCAGCUGCGACAGCCCCCUCGGUUCGGGGGACAGCAGCGCCAGCACCACACGACCCAACCUGAUGGACAUGGACAUGGAGGGCCAGAAUUUGGACCAGACUGUCCCUCUGUGUGGACAGCGGAAGCCUGCCACUCUGUGUGGACACCAGUACUUAUAGUGAAAAACUUUUCCGCGUUGGAAGAAGCCGUUCCAGGACGUUAAAGCUUGGGCUGAAUGCCUACUGAUGUCUGAGCCGAGCAAAGUGCACUCACUGAAGUUUGCAAAAACAUCCCACUUCUUGUUUUGGGCACUUACUGGAAGCCAUUCCUCUCAUAAGGUGUGAAACCCUUACAGCAAGCCUUUCCCUGAUAGUGCUCUCUAACCUGCACGACACCGAGGGUCAUAGAGGCCCAUUAAAAGCCUUGUAGUGUGCACACCCACCUACCUUACCCUGCCCACCUUUGAAGCCCCACAACCACAACACACUCACAACCUUCAAAAGCCAUUCGAGUACUUAAAAAGCCACUUUUUCGACUUUGCUAACUGUUCAUCUGCUUGUGCUUUUGCUUUCAUCUGUGUAGCUGCCCACUGUCCACUUGCAUCUCUCACUCCAAAGAUGUUCACUCACAUUUCACCCAAACAUUCACCGUUCCAGGAGUCGACAGAAACAGGAGCGGGACUGUUUCCUUAAUGAGAGUGUCUUUGUUCUUAUUUUGCACGCCAUUUGUUCUGCCGGUGCACAAACAUCUCCCAUGCCUUCAUCCUCACACACACAUCAUCUCUCUGCAUGGGGGUCAUCGUCCUCUCCCCUCCAAGACCGAGACAGGAAGAAGAAGCCUUUUUCUCACAGCACUGGUGGACUGGUUACAUCCUCAGCCUUGUACAGUAAAAAAAAAAAAAAAGCAGAGUUUAUUUUCUCAGUGCUUGCACCAUCCCAACCUGUUAGCAAAAAUUUUUUUUAUUGGUUUGGCAGACCAGGUGUGUUUCUCUCUGUGUGAAUGUGUAUAUAUUACUGUACAUGUGUGGAAGAACAAAAUGGGUUCUUUUUUUUUGUUUUGCGUGCUGGUGCUUUUUCAGUGCAUGUUGUUUUACGUGUGAAUGGUUCGCUGUACGACACGUGCGACACUUCUUUGAAUUAAGAUCUCAUCUGUUUGUCUUUUACACGUUUUACAUUCCUCACUAGCAGUCAGUAGCACUCUGUAUGGAUCCCGUUCAUGCCACUUAAAUGGACACGAAAGAAGGAAAUGCUGAUUUCAACCUCAUGUCGGACCGUUUGGAAGCUUCACAUUCUCCUCUGAUUGGUUGAAUUCAACACCAGUGGCACCUGAGGAGCCAUGUUAGUCAGCCUCUCUGUGGACCUGUGGACUGAAGUCACGGCUGACAAAUCAAAUUUUACUUGCGGAGUUGUUUUCGCACAGUGGUCGAAAAUUUCGUCUUGGCUGCAGGUGGUAUUUUACUUGACAGUGGAAAUUUCUCUCGGUGAGUGUGAGUGAGUGGACAUGCGUGUGUGUGCGUGUGUGUUAUUAUUUGUAUGGGAUGAUGACAAUCCCGUCGGUAGAAGAGUGGGCCCAAACUCAUUCUCCUCGUGUGGUUAAGAACACUGAGUAUUUAUUAAAUUUAUUGUUAUUAUUGGAAAGGAUUAAUUGUUAUUACGACGCUCUUCCUGGGAUAUCUGUAUAUAUUUGUUAAUAUAACAGGAAAAACCUGGGAAACUGAAACGUCCAUGUUGUCUCCAGUCUCAACCUGUGACAUUUCUGGGUUCAGUGAGGAGUAAGUGUGAAAUGUGAAUGAGAGACGAAUAAAAUACAAAGAAAGAUACUUAAGUGUCAGUGCUACUUCUGUUGUUUUUAAUUUCAUCCAUUAUACACAGCAUGGUGGUGCAGUGGUUAGCACUGUCGCCUCACAGCAAGAGGGUUUCUGGAUCGAACCAUGGGGUGAAGGAGCCCUGCUAUGUGGAGGUUACAUGUUCACCCUGUGUCAGCGUGGGGUUUUCUCUGGGUGCUCCGGCUUCCUCCCACAGUCCAAAGACAUGCAGGUUAAGUGGUGACUCUAAAUUGUCCGUAGGUGUGAAUGUGAGUGUGAAUGGUUGUCUGUCUCUAUGUGUCAGCCCUGCGAUAGUAUGGUGACCUGUUCAGGGUGUACCCUGCCUCUCGCCCGAUGUCAACUGGGAUAGGCUCCAGAAUGAAUGAAUGAAUCCAUUAUAUAAUAGAUCAUAUAAUGUCUGAGCAGUGAUUAAAGAAGUGCUCAGACUAAUUACUUAAAAGUAGCAAACACAACAAUGUAAAAAUACUUUAUUACAAGCACGAGUCCUGCAUUCAAAAUCCUACUUUAUUUAUAUAGCACCU